AUGACUUACUUCCAAGGCCAGUGCGAGGAUGACUGCUAUUCUCCCUGCAAUUAUGGGAGCCUCUACAGCUACCGGGGCUACGACUGCGGUAGCCCCUGUGGUUACCGGGGCUACGGGGGCCUCUAUGGCUAUGGGGGCCUCUGCGGCUACCGGGGCCUCGGCCUCUAUGGGGACCGCUACGGCUAUAGUGGUCUGUACGGUUACCGGGGCCUUUAUGGCUCUGGGGACUGCUACGGCUAUGGGGGUCUGUAUGGCGGCUAUAGGGGCCUCUAUGGCUAUGGGGACUGCUAUGGCUACCCCGGCCUUUACUCCAACCGCUAUGGCUACCCCUAUGGUUCACGAUAUGGCCAAAGGUUCAGCUACGGGAGCUGCUAUCCCUGUUAA